AUGCAAAUCGAACUGCACUUGACAGGUUUCGCAAUCGUUUUAAAUAUAGCCACCUCGGUUCCCAACGGACUCGUCCGUAGACUAGGAGCUGGCUUUGAGUCCAUUGUGGUGUACGCUGUACCAACAUCACACGGCGUUAGUGAUCAGAGUUAUUCUUCUACCAAUAUUGGCCAGAACUAUUACUUUGCCAGUAAUAACCCGAGCUAUUCUCCUUCCAGUGGUGACUCAAGCCAUUCCUCACCCAGCAGUGUCCCGAGUUAUUCCUCUCCCAGCAGUAUUGGCCAGAACUAUUACUCUCCCAGUGAUAGCCCAAGUUAUUCCUCACCCAGUAGUGAUGGCACGAAUUAUUCCUCUCCCAGUAGCGACCAAGGCUAUUCCUCUUCCAGCAGCGAUCCGAUUGAUAGUCCUUACAGUACAGCAACCUUUUGUCGGCACACAAGUCAUUCGACUGAACAGCGGAAUUAUCGGCACAGAGAGCAAACAUACCAGCCGGUAGUUCGUGAAACAUUCAGAAGUCGAAACAACUACUAUUCAUCACACGGGAAUGAGAAGACGGCGCAGCGAACACCCAAUUAUUCGGUUCGUGAUUCCUUCGAAUCAUCUCAUCGACAGAAUAUUUAUGCACGAGACCAUUUCCGAGUUGGCCAGGCAUGUACCCCAAUUAUACAAUUCCGUCAAAGUGCCUAG